CAACCUUCUCCGGCGGCCCUAACCUGCUUCGUCCGUCUUGGGAGAGAAAUCCUUUCCGAUGGAGGCCAUCCGCUCACCAGAUCUCCACCACGGGGAGACACCGUCAACCACAUCGAGACCAAUUGCUGUGAGAAACCAGCGUGUAACCGUUGUUAGCAGGACGGAGAUUGGCCAUGGCUCAAAUCGAUCGUGCGGGGAGAAGAUGGAGAGUUCAUCCAGGGCCGGGUAGACGAGAAAACUUGGGGCGGCUCGAAUCGAAUACAUAAGGACGGCUUCCAGACGACAUCAACAGGUCUUUUGUCUCUCAAGCUCAUCAUCACUCGAAGCACAAGCAAUCCACUGCCUACCUCUUCUGCUUCAUCUCCAACCUCCAUCUACCUUCUUCACACACAAACACAAAAGUCUUCGACUUACACACACUUCACAAUGGCUCCCGCUGCUGUCAUUGAGAUCACCGACAAGACCGGUGCCGAGCUCGAGGCCAUGUCUGACGAGAUCGACGAGGUCAACGCCGCCAAGUACGACUCCAAGUCCAAGUUCGACGAGGAGAAGGACAAGGCCGCCUUCCGCAACUACGAGGACGCCAACGACCGCGUCAAGAACUUCUACCGCGAGCAGCACUACAAGCAGACCGUCACCUACAACCUGCAGGCCCGCAACCGCUUCUACAGCUCCACCCGCCCUCGCCCCGAGAUGUCCAUCUGGGAGGCCAUGGAGAAGCUCAACACCCUGAUCGACGAGUCUGACCCCGAUACCUCCCUCUCCCAGAUCCAGCACCUUCUCCAGUCCGCCGAGGCCAUCCGCCGCGAUGGCAAGCCCCGCUGGAUGCAGUUGACUGGUCUCAUCCACGACCUUGGCAAGCUCAUGGUCUUCUUCCCUGAGCUCGGCACCCAGGGCCAGUGGGACGUCGUCGGCGACACCUUCGCUGUCGGCUGCGCUUUCUCUGACCGCUGCGUCUACCCUAACACCUUCGCCGAGGGCAACCCCGAUGCCACCAACCCCGACUACAACACCAAGUACGGCAUCUACUCUCCCAACUGCGGUCUCGACAACGUCAUGCUCAGCUGGGGCCACGACGAGUACCUCUACCACGUCGUCAAGGACCAGUCCUCUCUCCCCGACGAGGCCCUGGCCAUGAUCCGCUACCACUCCUUCUACCCCUGGCACCGCGAGGGCGCUUACCGCCACCUCAUGUGCGACAAGGACUGGGAGAUGAUGAAGGCUGUCCAGGCUUUCAACCCCUACGACCUGUACAGCAAGAGCGACGGUGUCCCCGAUGCCGAGAAGCUCAAGCCCUAUUACAUGGAGCUUAUUGACGAGUUCUUCCCCAAGCGGGUCAUCAAGUGGUAGACGAUUAGAUUUGACAAGAUGAAGCGAAUAAAGCAUGGGUUGCAAUUGAGGCCAGGGAAUCAAAAGGCCAGGAUGGGAUAAAUGAAUUUGAGCGAUAUGAAUCAAUAGAAAUACAAAUGUUUAUGGACAAA